AUGAAACGCAAAAGGAAAAGCUUAUCAUAUGCUUCUCCACAGGAGGCUCCUAAGGCAUCUGAUGGAACAUAUCUUGUAAAAGCGGGUAACCCUGGAGGGCCUUCCACUGCAGACCAGCCAGACGGUAAAGAACCCACUGAGGAGAUUCAAGAACAGUAUAAUAAAAUCAUCAUGCAAAACCGAGAAGAGAGAAAAGCACUGCAAAAGAAAUAUAAAGUGAAGGGCGGGAUAAAGUUUGAAAUAAAUGACCUGAUUACAGAAGAGGAAAUGACUGAUGGGCCUACUGCAGAAGAUCACAGUAGAGACGAUGUAGAGGAGACAGAUCCUCUGAAUGAUACUUUAACCUUCGAUCAUGGAAUGAAGUUGGAGGGUGUAAAGUGGCAUGAGAUGCACGAGGACCCAGGACAAUCAGACAAUGGAAACCUUGAUGAUAUACCACAAAAUAGGAAACAAUGGACAGCAAGAGCGCCUCAGACACUUAUUGGCAAUUUAUUGGCAGCUGGCAUGACGUCCAUGUGUGAUACCGUGGCUGAAGAUGAUGAUGAUGAUGAUGAUACACCAGUGAACAGGAAACAGUGGAAACAGGAGGCACCAGGAACACUGAUGAGGAUUCUGGGAGAAGUAGACAUGAAUGACUCCAUUUUACCCACCAAAGACUUGCGUGCUGGAACACUGAAGAAGUGGCCUCCUGAACAGGCAGAAAAAGAGGCGACAGAACAGACAUCAGAAGAGGAUUUGGAUGAAGAGCGCUUUGAGCCCAGAUCUGAUGACGAGGACACGACCUUUGAAGAGUCUGAAGAAGAGCUGGAGGUCAUAGAGAUUUUGGAAAAAGUUUUAGCUUUCAGAGAUGAGAAUGAUGACAAUCAGACCAAUGAAGAUCCCACCAUGCGAAGAUCCAGUGAUAACCAUCAGAAUGCAGAUAAUCCUGACCCUGUACAAGUGGACCAGUCAGAAUCAGAACAAGCCAUAAUGAAGAGCAAUCAUGAGGACCAGACUACAGCAGGGAAACAGAGCGAGAUCUCGGUUGUGACAAAUCAGACUACAGAGGAGGUAAAAGAAGAAGCUCAAUCUCAGCUCUGUGCCCCAGAAUCCACAGGCAACCUCAGCAAACGGGGGGAAGUUCUGGUGGCACAGGCAGUAAGAAAGGAGGAGCACCACGGCAUAUCAAUCAUGUAUAAUAUUUCCAUUGCAUACGGCAUUAUCAGCAAAUGUGUCCGGUUUUCUAACAUGGAUGUUAGUGGGGCGCUUGUUACGCCAAACACAUUGUUGGACUCGGUAAAAGUUAAAGAGAAGUCCGUCCAUGAGUCUGCACUUUCUGCAGGUCCCACUCAUGCCUGCACACUGUAA